UAGGGCGAUGGGCCCCCCCCGGGGGGGGGGAGGCUCAGUGCAGACCCCCGCGCCCACGUUAAAGAGCCUGGAGAGCACGGGGAGGCAGCGCAGGCACCGACAGUGCGGCCCCAGAACUGCUGUUGCUGCAGACACUGAAGGAUUGCCAAGCCAUGACUCUAGCCGCUUACAAAGAGAAGAUGAAGGAGCUGCCUCUCGUCUCCCUCUUCUGUUCCUGCUUCCUCUCAGACCCCCUGAACAAACCAGCAUACACAUAUGAAGCAGACACGGUAGACCUCACUUGGUGUGUCAUCUCCGACAUGGAAGUCAUUGAACUCAACAAGCGCACCUCGGGGCAAUCUUUCGAGGUCAUCCUGAAGCCCCCAUCAUUCGAUGGCAUUCCUGAGUUCAAUGCCUCACUGCCCCGGCGGCGCGACCCAUCACUGGAGGAGAUCCAGAAGAAGCUAGAGGCAGCAGAGGAGAGGAGGAAGUACCAAGAGGCCGAGCUGUUGAAGCACCUGGCAGAGAAGCGGGAGCACGAGCGGGAGGUCAUCCAAAAGGCCAUUGAGGAAAACAACAACUUCAUCAAAAUGGCCAAGGAGAAGCUGGCGCAGAAGAUGGAGUCCAACAAAGAGAACCGCGAGGCCCAUUUAGCAGCCAUGCUGGAGCGCUUACAGGAAAAGGACAAACAUGCGGAAGAAGUGAGGAAAAACAAGGAGCUCAAGGAAGAGGCCUCCAGGUAAAGAGGCGAUGCUUGGACUGACAGCUCCGGGAGGUGUGGAGGCUGCCGCAGCACCGGGCCGGCCGGCGGAAAGGGACGUCCCUCUGCUUUUGUUGUUUGUGAAUGUACAGAGUUGACCAGUGAAGCCAUCCUAGUCGUUUUGGGGAGGGUGGGGAGGGAGGUGAGCGGACGGGUGGGACUCGAGGCAGACGUCUCCAUGGGGUCCAUCAGCGCCGCCCGUCCAGGAGGUCGGAAGGAUCCAACCUGGGACCAGAGAAGUGGGGAUGGAGUGGGUGGGGAGGGGAAGGGGGAAUGUGCAUUGUGUGUGACUUUCGUUUGGUGCUGGGCAGGCAAGAGCCCCUCCAGCUGUGAUUCUCCUCUGUCCCACCCCAGUGGGGCAAUGGCAUCUCUCAGUGACCCUCCUUUCUCCAUCCCACCUCAUCUUCAUGGCCUGGAUUUGGAGCUUACAGCCCCGCAGACCUCACGGCACUGUUUCGGGGAUGGGGGCGAGGAGAGCCCUCCGUGGAGGGAGUCCAAAGGCUUUACUUGGCUGCAGGAUGAUCCUUUCCAAGGGUGAAUUUGGAAAGCCCCAUGACUUCCCAAAGAGCUGCUGGAUUUUGUAAGAGAUCUCCCAAGGCUCAUCUUCUCGGGCACUCUUGGAUGAAAUCCCCUUUUCUGCUUUAGGGCAGCAGGAAAGCCGUCAGCUUUCAGAGUCAGCAGCUUAAAUGGGUGUUUGAACAGGGAGGGUUGGAGCAGGAGAGGGAAACUGGGCAAGGCUGUGGAAGCUGUGAUAGAACA